GUGUGGCAAUAACUGUGGCAAACAGAAGUUCAGUAAAAGGAAGAAGUUGUAUUAUGCAUAUCAGUCGUGCAUAGAACACGUAUAUGUGGGUGUGUGAGUGGCAGUGCACGUGCACACACAACUGCACGUGUGCAGCUGGCGAGGGUGCAUGUCUCUAACCACAAACCACAGAGCACGCAAACACACAUUUUAAAUAGCUUUAUGUAUUGCACAGGUUUGCCCAGCGUUGUUUCACUCAGUGACACCAUCAUGGGACGCUUCAGGCUGCUGCUUUUGGGUCUCAUCCUAAAUGUUGCUCACUGUGUGGAAAUUUUGGGUGACGAGCAGGUUAUAGAGAUCACAGCCAAUGUCACAGCAAUCCUGGGAGAAGAUGUAUACCUGAGCUGCAGAUAUCUGGGUGAAGGCACCAUUACCAAUGCCCAGUGGAAACGACAGAUUGAUUCCAAAAUUAGAGCUAAGCGAAUAACAGGGUUUGCGAAUGACAAACCAUUUAAACGUGAUGUCGACUUCUCAAUCCCAGACUCUCCUACCAACCUGACAGUAAAGAUGAGAGUGUCCAGUGUGGCUGUAGAGGGAGAAUACACCUGUGAAUUUGCAUCAGAAGAUGCAGCUUUUACAGACAAACUGUUCCUCACUGUAUUAGCCCGGCCAGACAUUCGUGUCCUGGUGAAUUCAGAGACCAUCAAUGGCACUCACUACCAAUUGGUGUCAUGCUCUGCUCUCUGUGGCAGACCAGUUCCUCAGAUCAGCUGGUUGAUUGGCAGUCUUCCUCUAUCCAAUUACCCCUUCACUGCACAGAUGAGCCACAUCAUUCAUCCAAAUGGCACGACCAGCCUGAGCAGCACCCUCCACUUCCCCACUCACCUCCAGGAUGAGGACCAAGUCACCUGUGUGGUCCAUCACCCAACCUUGAGCGAGCCCACUCUCACGACAGUGAGGGUGGACACCUUCGUGAGGCCAAAUGUGAGCAUUCAAGCAGAGAUGAUUCAGCGAGAAGGAAACGAUGUAUGGGUGGUCUCUUGCAUUGCAUCUGGAGGGAGACCUGCCAGUGACAUCUCCUUGGCACUGACCGCUGAUGAAGAGCUGCAGGAAGAGGAAGACGUGGGCUCAGACAUACAUAUAAGAUCAUUUCAUUUCCGAGCAUCAGCGUAUGAGGGACGAAAUGUCACAUGCAUGUUUGACCACCCCAAAUUCACACAAAGGGAAUCAAGAGUUUUAACGCUUCCAUCCUUUUAUUUGACAGCAGGGAAGUUGUUCCACUGGAAACUGGAAAACAGCAGUGUUGAUGUCCGAGCCACUGAAUCCUUAGAGCUGCAGGAAGGACAGAGGGACGCUGUCAUUGACCUCAACAUUACUGGGAAUGUGCCACAUUACACUGUUACUUGCACAAAAGAUGAUGGACCUUUGCCUGAAGGUGUGGAGGUAUUUGGAAGCAACCUUACAGUUCCGGGUCCUGCAGACUCACAGCAUGCUGGCCUUUAUGAAUGUGUCGCCUCCUAUCACCAGCACAAAGCAAUGCUACAAUUUAUCAUCACACUUAAGCCUACACAGCCUGUUCCUCCCACAAUAAGAGUUGCUCUGCACAAUGAAGACGGACAGACAGUAAUUGAGUGCUCAGCAGCUGAUGCUGUUCCUGCAGCCAACGUGUCCUGGCUUCUACCACAGGGUGUGUCUGGAGUCUCUCGGUUCAAUUUCACUUCUCAUAAUGGAAGCCACUCUGUCAGAGGAGUUUUGCUCCUCCUUGCCUGCUCGCCUUGGGAGCUUGCUGUAGAAUGUGUGAUAAAUCACCCUGCUUUUGAGAAGCCGGAGAGCAGAAGUGUAACUCUCUCUCGUUGUGCUCAGCCCAACAUCACUAUGAGUUCCAGCACUGAGUGGAGAGGAGGUGAAGAGUACACGUUGGUGAACUGCUCCGUAGACAGUGCUGCUCCUGCAGCAACCAUAACUUGGCACACUGGAAACAAUGACAGCAGCACCAGUUACCUGAAGGAGACCAGCACGCUGCUUCAGCUCCAUGCUGAGGGUUUGGUAUCUGUCCGUAGCUCUGUGCACUUCUUGUCCUCUUUGUAUUCUGAUCAGAAUUUGACCUGCACAGUGAAGCAUCAAAGUCUAGAGGCCCCUGAGCAGAGAACAGUCCAGAUUUUGCAGCACAGAGCCCCAAUGCUGAGGGUGUUCAUAGUGAGACAACAGGAUUCCCCUCUGUGGCUGGCAGUGUGUGAUUACCAAGGGGAAGCUGGGAGGACAAACCUGACCUGGGUCCUUCACCAGAAUACUAAAGCCCAAAGAUAUCUGCCAUCAGUGUACAAGGGUCACACACAGACAUCCAGGAUAACUUAUCAGUUUCCACUGGCUCUUCAUGAGGGCCACAACCUCAGCUGUGUUCAUCAGUGUGAACAUGGAAUCACAGAAAAGAGGACAAUUCAUAUUCCCAGAUACUAUAUCUCCUCUGUGAGAGUGCUGAACCACACGACUCCUUUGCACAGCCACUAUGGAGGUGAACCCAUCACACACAGACUGACCCUCAAGGAGAAUCAACACAAGCAGAGAAUAAUGCUACAAGUCUACGGCAAUGUCCCAGAGUACAGUCUGAAAUGUCAAAGGAGUGAUGGCUCUUCUGUGCGAAUGGAAGGUGUCACCCUCAUUUUUGAGACGGAGCUGACGGAGCGGGAUGAAGGUCUGUACAUGUGUCAGGCUUCCUUCUAUCACCACACAGCUGCAGUCCACAUUCAAGUGGAGCUCAUGAGCGAGGAGAAACACUUUGUGCUGAUGGCCCUGAUCUGCUUCUCCUCGGCCUCGGCCAUCGCUCUCAUCGCAGUCGUCGUACUCUGGGUUUUCUGCAAAAGCAAAACCGACAGGAAUCACCAUAAGGAUUCUCUGUCGGCCCUGACAGCUCUGAUGCAGGAUCCUGGCUCUCCGGAGGUAAAGAAGCCCACACUGCUAGGUCAGGAAUACGCUCAGCUGACCAACUACUCCAUCGUCAUUGAUCUUAAGUCCACGGUGUGAAAAUUAAAAUCCCACCCAGCUUUACACUGUAAAAAGCCUUUACACGUCAGUUUGUUCCUCAUGCAUCCUCAACAUGUAGACACCUGCAAUAUUAUGUGUAUUCUGAAACGUCAGUAAUUUGCAUGUUCAGAAAUGGCAUUAAUGGUUGUAAAUACUGCACAGCCCUUUAGCACUUUUACACUGUAUUUUCAGUAUUAAAAUCAAUUAUGUUGCAUUUAAUUACUGUAAUAUACUUUGGCUUGGUAUGACUUGAAGUUACAUUUGUACUUUUACAAGUGCUGGUCAAGAAUAAAUUGUCAGCAAUAGUUUGUCCCUAUGCUGUAACAAGGGAACCAUUACAGCGAUCAAACUGUCAACAAAAGCAACCUUCAACCCCCCUGCCCACAUCAAUGCAGGGUUAUACUGCCCGCUGGCAGUAAAGGAUGAUGCGUCUGAAUAAGGUUUUUGCUCAUCAUUUGCACUUUUGUUCCUGCUGUAGUUGCAACAGUUUAUCUGCCUUAUAAUGUAGCAAUUAAAGCCUGUAAACAAUUUCCUCACUGUGUCUCGAAUUACUGGAAGUCAUCACAA